UCCCUUCCUGAGUUCCCCUCCCUGCCCCCGGUGCCAUGGCGUCCAGCGAGGAGGACGGCACGGUUGAGGAGAAGGAAAACAACAACAAGAAGAGAACAAAAAGCGCCCUCGUCACCGCAUGGCUCACUUUCUACAACAUCGCCAUGACCGCCGGGUGGCUGGUUUUGGCCAUAACAAUGAUGCGCUUCUACAUUCAGAAAGGCACACACAAGGGUCUCUACAGAAGUAUAGCAAGGACACUUAAAUUUUUCCAAACCUUUGCAUUAGUUGAGGUGGGACAUUGUGCCGUUGGAAUUGUCAGGACUUCUGUGAUUGUAACCGGGGUUCAAGUGUGCUCACGGAUUUUCAUGGUUUGGUUCGUCACCAGCAGCAUCAGACAGAUCCAGAAUGAAGAAAGCGUAAUCCUGUUCCUGGUUGUGUGGACGAUGACAGAGCUCACCAGAUAUUCCUACUACACGUUCAAUCUGCUCCACCACCUGCCGUUCUUCAUCAAAUGGGCCAGAUACAACUUCUUUAUCAUCUUGUACCCACUGGGAGUUGUCGGAGAGCUGCUCACCAUUUACGCCGCACUGCCAUUUGUACGCAGAUCUGGAAUGUACUCCACGAGGCUCCCCAACAAAUACAACGUGUCGUUUGACUACUAUUACUUCCUCGUCAUCGUCAUGCUGUCCUAUAUUCCACUGUUUCCUCAGCUCUACUUGCACAUGCUGCGGCAGAGGAGGAGGGUGCUUCACGGGGAAGUCAUAGUGGAGAAGGACGACUAGACGAGCGCCACCUCACGCUUUCAUUUGAGACAGCCUGCUUCCACAUCGCCCUCACCUCCGCUCCAUCCCCCGUCCUAUCGUUCUGGCCGGUAACAUUCUUAAUUACACGGGACCUGAAGAGCAGCCGACAGCCUGGCUGAUGAAAACCACAACCAUUGACGAUCGGAAACAAAAACCACGAGCAAGCAUCAGCACUGAAUACUAAAGACUGAUUCUGAAAGUGGGAUUAAUCCAUGUCUGAUUAUUUGGCGAGAUGUUUACAAUCCAAAAAAAAAAAGAAGUGUUGGAGCUUGAGACAGAAGCCUGGUGUCUUGUCUCAGCACUCAGCGAUCCUGGUUCCUUUAUUCACCCUCCACCGAGAAAGAAACUGAGCCACACCACUGCGCCACGAUGGAGAAAUGUGUAAAGAAACAUGGAAGGAAGAAUCGUACAUCGUGUGCUCUGAAUUGUGUCGCUACACCCCGCUACCCCGCCAUCCUACCAAAUUGUCCCAUUUUUUUAAGAGAUUUCAUACAAAGACCUUAGUGGCUGCACAAAACAAGGUUAAAAAAACAAACAAAAAAAAUCAGUUUCAUCAUACCUCAAUAAUAAAUCUGCAAUUAGACAACAUGCUGCUGCUUUUGUGUAUAUUUGUUUAACCUUUUGUGUAAAUGAUACAAUGUGAAACGAACGGUUAAUAAGAAGCGUAUCUCUUAAUCACACACUGUCUCACUUAGAGCAAGCACAGCUCAAACUUAAGUCUUUGUCUGCUUGACCCAGCUCCUGCAUUCGUUCAUGUUUUGUUUCCUGUGUCCAUUUCAUUUACGAGUCUUGACAGAAGUGUUUUUAGAAAAAAAGAAGGCUACAUUUGAAAUUGGAGACAGCUCUCGCAGUCAUCGCAGUGUCUUGUUUGUUUUGUAGAAUUUGGUGUCCAUACUCAUAGAAAAGUACCGUAUUUUCCGGACUAUGAGUCACUCUUUGUUUCAUAGUUUGCUCAGUCCUGCGACGUAUAGUCCGAAGCUUAUUUACGUUUUUUUCCCAUUCAUGACGCAAUUUUUGACUGACGUGUUAAAUGUUCAUUCAUACUGACAUGAACCAAAGUGUAAACAUUACUGCAGUUGCGAGAGGGCCCUCUAGGCUUUUAACAACUAUUUGUUGUUCCUCUACUGCUACCCCCC